AUGGCGGGCAAAAUGGUGCUAUACAAGCUGGUGGUGUUAGGGGACGGUGGCGUUGGGAAAACAGCCCUGACAAUCCAGCUUUGCCUGCAACAUUUUGUUGAGACAUAUGACCCUACCAUUGAGGAUUCAUACCGGAAGCAAGCCGUGAUAGACAACCAAGCGUGCAUGCUCGAGGUGUUGGACACGGCAGGGCAGGAAGAGUACACAGCGCUACGAGACCAGUGGAUCCGAGACGGCGAGGGCUUCAUCCUAGUGUACAGCAUCUCGUCCCGCUCGUCAUUCACGCGCAUCAAGAGGUUCCACCACCAGAUACAGCGGGUGAAAGAAUCGACAGCCUCGUCACCCUCAUACCCGGGGUCACCGAUCUCGGCGGCGAAUCCGAUGGCGCCAGUCCCGAUUAUGCUAGUAGGGAACAAGAGCGACCGCAUUGCCGAGCGAGAAGUCUCAACACAAGAGGGGCACGCCCUCGCCCGCGAGCUAGGUUGCGAGUUCGUCGAGGCUUCGGCCAAGAACUACAUCAACGUCGACAAGGCCUUCUAUGACGUGGUCAGGAUCCUGCGGAGGCAGCGACAAGCCGCCGCGCAACCGCUUCCGCCUGCCGGGGGCGGCAGGUACGAGGGAAGGAGGGCCGACUCGAACAUCCAGCCAAGAGAAGGCCGCGCCAGGAGAGGGAACCAGGACCGUCGCAGGGGAUGCGUCAUAUUAUGA